GGACAGAGCGCACGCGUAGUUAGAUAAAUGAGGAAGCGUCAUGUUUGGUGAGGUCACAUGCUCAACAAUAGAGCGAUAAUUUGAAGAUGUCAGUGCUCAAAAGAAGAAAAUUGGAGGAAAAUGAGCACGAUCGUUUGUAUUUUGAUUCUUAUUCAGAUGUCAGCGUUCACGAAGAGAUGCUGUCUGACAGAGUUCGAACUAACGCAUACAGACUGGGAAUUUUACAGAACUAUGCUGCGGUUCGUGGGAAAGUUGUGCUGGACGUGGGAGCCGGCACUGGGAUCUUAAGUGUGUUUUGUAUCCAGGCAGGUGCCAGGAAGGUUUAUGCUGUGGAAGCAAGUUCCAUUUGCGAACAAGCUGCAAAAAUCGUAAAACUGAACAAAUUAGAUGACAAGAUUACUGUGCUGAGGGGUUCAGUGGAGAGUGUGCAGCUGCCCGAAAAGGUAGACGUGAUCGUGAGUGAAUGGAUGGGGUACGCGCUCAUGUACGAGUCCAUGCUUUCCUCUGUGAUUUAUGCCCGGGACCACUGGCUCCGACCCACUGGGCUCAUACUGCCCUCGCAGGCUGAACUUUUCAUUGCCCCUGUCACGCAGCCAGAACUGGAGGAGCGAUUAGCCUUUUGGGAAGCUGUGAAGAGCGAGUAUGGCGUGGAUAUGUCCUGUAUGACCCCAUUUGCUCAGACGUGUUUAAUGAGCGACGAAAUAAAUGUGAACCCUGUGGCAGGAGAGCAUGUCCUGUCGCAUCCUUUCAAGUUCGCUGAAAUAGAUUUGGGCAGUGUUACCCCUGAGCAGAUAAAGUCCAUCGGCGGCAGCUUCCGCUGUAGCUGCUUCGGAUGGGGUACUGUACAUGCCCUUGCAGUCUGGUUUGCUGUCGUCUUCCCUGGCGAAAAGCCCCUUGUGCUCUCAACCUCCCCCUUUAAAGAGGAAACCCACUGGAAGCAGUCACUGUUGUAUUUGCAUGAACCGGUGGAUGUUGUUCAGGAUACAGAGAUCACAGGCAACAUAACACUAAGCCCUGCAGAGCACAACUCCAGAUACCUCCGUGUGCUUGUCAGCUAUAAAAUAGGACACCGGGAAAGUAAAUCCAGACAGUUUCGCAUGGGUGAUUGAUAUGUUAGAAUGCCUUGGUGUACUACUUGGGUUAGAUUCUAAGGGACACUCACUUAAACAUGUAACUACACUUGUCAAAUGGCAUGCUUUUGAACACCACGUGUUAUGAUAUGUUUCCAAUUUUAUGAGAAUCUUUAAAAUAAAUGUAUUUACAUCGUUUCUUGUUUGCACUGCACAGUGUAAUACCCGCAGUCGGCUUGCUUUGAACCUAAGUAACUUUCUAAUCUUGUUUUCUUAACAAAGUUCAAUUAUCUGUUCCCUGUCUGAUGUCCUGCACAAAUGUUCAUGACUUUGCUGUUCCUUUAGAGUGCAGAACCCAACUUACUUCUAAUUACACUCUUCUUUUGGGUGUAAUGGUUCUUGAAUUCUUAACUGAACAGUUGCUGUUGUACAUGCUCCCCCAUCUCCACUGUACAUUGCCUAGCAGCAAAAUCAUGUUUCUUAAGUCAAGAUACUAGUUUCAGGGAAGUCUUCUUAGAGGCCUGGUCAGCUUUUCACUUCUUGGUGUACCGCUUCAGUUAUACUUUUAAAGAAGUUGAACUGGAGAGCAUUCAAUGAGUGACGUUUUAUUGAUGCUUCCUUGCCCUGAUAGCAUGUUCAUGUUCACAUUUCAUUUAUUUAUAUGCUAAUCUGGUAAAUAGCAACCAUAUUUUGAGAAAUGUUACAGAACCAUAAUACGCAGAGAAAAUCCACAAAGACUUGGAGAAAAUGUAUUCACUGAUGCACAUUAUUUUGUUAAAACCGAGCCACAACCCCUGGAGCUGUGAGAGAGUGGUACAUUUUUGCAUAGCCAACACAUCUGUUUGUUUAUUUAUUUAUUUUUUUUUUGAGUUUUGUGUCCAAUUUUAAUUGAGAUGAUGUUUCCUCUGAGUUAAAAAAUAAACAGUUUCCUCAAAACCACUCAUUGUGCCUAUGUGCCAUCAGAAUACCAUAAGCAGUAACUGCAACAAAUUACUCUGUGUAUAAAAUAAUACCAGGAAAGCCAUCUAUGCUAGUAUUCAUAGACUGAACUUAUUUGUCCAGUGCCUUAAGGUUUUUGAGAAAGCCAUAUAAGCUAACGAAAACAGUAUAUCAUGGUUUUCUGUUGCAAGUAAAAUCGUCAAAGUGUAUUAUUUAUCAAGUGGCAUCCACAAUAUACUGAAAAGUAUUUUCCUAAUUUAGUUGGUAACUGGGUGUUUGGGUUGGUCCAUUUGAUCAUUUUUAAGCCGGCCGAUACUGGCUUCAAGUUCUACUAGUAUCAACUGUUAAACUCAAAAGGUUAGACAAAAUGUGAAUUUUUGCUAUUGUUUUUUCGGAUUUCACAGAUUGGAACUUUUAAAGUGCAAGGGUUAUAAAAUGUGUAUAGCUUUGAUGGUUAGGAGCAGAAACCAUUGCUAAUAUUUUCGUUAACACUCAUUAGACUUUUCUCACUAUACCUUUCAAGUAAGAAAUAUCAAGUGUCUGAGUGGCGAUACAAUUUUGUGUUUCUGUAGUAUAGCUAUUGUGAGUAAUUGACACCUGAAUGACAUGCAUGUAAAAACUUUUGGUCUUUUAGGUACUUUUUACUUAACAUUUUUUCACAUUAAAGGAGCAUCAAAUACA